AUGGUGUCCACUAACAUCCUCUCCAUCAGCGUGGUGAACAGCGCCUCCCUGUGGUCUGAAAACGACAGCUGUUUUCCUGCUCAAAUUUUCUCUGCCAACAGAUUCAAAGCUCUGGAUUAUGUCUUUGAGACUACCACCAGUCUGAAGGUCAUGAUGAACUUACUGGCACUGCCAACACCUUACUUUACUGGUACCAGUGACCUGUACCCGCACAGUGGGAAACUGCCUGAAGUCACCUACAGGACACCGUGGAUCAGAGGGAAAGUGAUCUCGACCUGCAAACUCUUUGUCAGCGGUUCUGUGCUUGAAGAUCUGGGAGAGAAACGACCAGUAAAAUCACCAGAAAGAUUUACAGUGACACUGAGUGAGGUGAACAUGGAGAUGAUACCCAGCUCUAAUCCUGACUCACCGAAGGAUUUGGACCAGGAUGAGUAUGUUUGCCUUUUAAAAGAGUCACAGAUCAAUAAUCCGUGUCAGGAAUCAUUUCACAAGUGGACAGCGGACCAGAUGAAACCUGGAAAACAGAACAAAGAUCUCCUCCUGCCAGAAGAGCUCGUACUUGAUUACCUGCCGCACUUCAGGAGACAUUUACCCACGCUGAAAGCCAAACUGUCCCGGCUGAGGACGCUUCCUGUGGCUGACCCUCUGCUGAGCUCAACAGGAGACAUUAUCUCUGAGGACAUCAUAUUCAGGCACUGUGCGUCUUAUGAAAUACCUCCUGAUGUGUACAACAGUGACAUUCAGACGAGUUCAAACAUUCAGGACGAGUUUGGUAAAGAGUCACUCAUGAAAGACGAGUCUCUGCUGUUGUCGCCUGUGGUGGACACGCUGAAUCUGAGCCGAGAAAACUGCACCGCCUUUUCAAACAUCUGCGGUCACCUGGAUGUUGCUCCUGAACAGCUGGAUGAGCUUCCUCGAGUCCUGGAUGAGCUUCAUGAAGCUUCAGAUGUGUCUGUAUCACUGGACAUUUCCCAGUAUGAAGUACCAAAGGAGCCCAGUAAAGAAUGCAGCGUGGAUGGAGGCCUGAUGGAGUCAGAGCGUGCAGGGCGAACGACACUUCCGACUGAAUUAACAUUGGACGUGACUUUGACUCCGACUCCCAAGACGAUUCGAACCCAAAUCUGUGUCUCUACGUGUGAGCUCCAAAAAGAGGAGCUGUCAGUGCUCUGCAGACGAUCUUUGCUGUCAGCGAGAGUUCAGGCACAGAUGGAGACGGCACUUUGGAAGGCGGAGAAGCAUCCAGACUUUGUGGUGGGCUUUCUGUUGGCAGAGCCUCAAAUACCUGAAACAGCUGUCGACUUCCAGCCGCUGUGUGGAGCCUGGAAAGUCACAAAGUCGGAUUAUCACAGCUUCGUCUGCGGUGGUGACAAACUGGGGUCACAGGUGGAAACGGGAGCUCUGCAGGUGUAUUCAUGCAGCAGGCGUGAGUUCACAGAGUGCAUAAAGUCUGAGACGCCCCCCACCAACAAAGAAAAGAUGGAGGACUUUGACAAACUGUCACUUGAACAUGAGGAGACCGCAGUCAGAUCCGUCCUGAUGAAUCCCACAAACAAAACUCACCUGAAGAUAUCUGCAACUGCUGCUUUUCAUCCUGAAGCUACUGCGAACAAGACCUAUCUUCAAAAAGAAACAGCUGCUGAUGCGUGUCAGAACGCCUUUCUGAUGCCCACUUUAAACACAAACAAUAAAGAAAUAAAAUCUACCUGCAACACCAAAGAUGAAGUUUCACACAAGAGGUUUCCAGAAGCUGCAGCCUCGUUUUCUGCUUCUAUGAGCGUCAUCGGCGCAGGUCAAGACGACUGCAGGAUGGAGCAGACAGCUGCGUCCUCCAGAGAUGAUCCUAGAGGUCUGCUGGUUAAGAAAUGUCUUCCAGAGAAGGACAUUGACCCUCUGUCCACCUUUAUGCUACUGAGAUCUCAGCAGACUGCUGCUGCUACUGCAACACCUCAGAGCUCACCUCCAGCACCAGACGUGGUACAUAAACCGCCUCCAUCGGAGCAUCAUCAGUCUCCUCUGCAGCAGACGCAGAGAUCAGAUCAGAGGGAGACAUUUAUGCGUGGUGCUGUGUCAGGAAAUGCUACCAGAGAGCAGAGAGCAGCUUUUCAGUCAACGGGUCAACUCAUCAGUCGUCCUGUCCAUCAGCCCAAGCCUCAGGACAGCACUGUAGUUCAGGUCCAAGCCACUGACAGCCAGCAGCAUGCCCACUGUGAGCUGCUGGCCUUCGCUCAGCCUUGUUUUAGCUCUGCCAGACAGCUGGGGCUCAACUUCCCAGGAUGGCGGGACUUCAGCAGCCUGGCCCCGGACCAAACACACUUCCUCCUCAAACAGCAAGAGAAGGCGCUCUGCAGGACACAUGCACAGAGCGAAGAGCUGGUCAGAGAUCAGGAACUGCUUUUCAACCAGGCGGCUCUGAUUCAUGUGCUGGUGACUUUCAAGGAGCUGCUGUUGAAGUGCGACCUGAGUACUGCAUUGGAGUACCUGAUGAAGGCAGCUGAGGCAUGUGCAGAGCAGAGUCUGGAUCAGCUGGUGAAGAGGUUGCUGAUCAUCCUCCACCUCAGUCACAAGAACAAGGAGUCUAACCUGAAACUGCAGGAGCUGCAGCAGCUGCUGGCUGCAUGGCUGCACAGCAGGCCAGAACAGAGCAGCACGGAGAAGAUUCUUGUCAUGAUAUCAGUCGACUCUGACGACAUUAGAGCUUUAAUCAUCAGCAGUUUGAGCCAAAUGACUGGUGCUGCUGUAACUGCUGUUAGUCCUGAAGACGACAAGAAAAAACUGAAUGGUGCCAGUGUGGUCAGCAGUGUGAGCGACAGUGUGUGUGUAGUAGUGUAUGAGCAACACGUAGGCCCUGACUUCCCCUGGGGCUGUUUCUCCCUGGUAGUGGAGUACGACCAUCCAGGCCAGUCGCCGUGGGCCGCCGUCUGCAGAGAGAAGAGCAUCAGUCACCUCACCUUCAACACAGUCAUCUCUCACACUGGGAAGGAAAAUACAUCGUGGUGCCUGGAGGACAAUGUGCCAUAUGUGUUGUUGGUGACAGAGGGACUUCUUAACUGUCCACUGCUGCUUCAGACACUUGAGUCAGAGUUUAAUAUAACUGUGCUGGAGAGGAGCCACUCACCGUCUCUGCAGAUGCUCGGAGGGACCCAUCACUACGCUGUGAUCACAGCGGACGAAAGCACUGCUAUCGUCAUUCAGGGGGAGGAUGAACUGUGUGAGGAGCGAGCCAGUGAGAGAGUAGUGAUGAGGCUGACUGCUCUCUCUCUGCAAUACAACAGCUGUUGGCUCAUCCUGCACUGCAGAGACAGCCAGGGAGGAGGAUUUUCCAGUGAAGCCUUCAGUAACUUAGUGCAGAUUUAUUCGUCUCUGGUGCUGUUCGGUAUGAAGGCUGAGGAUCUAGAUGUCAAGGUGCUGAUUGUGUCUGAGGUGACAGAAAUAACCAAAUGGAUCAGCCAGAUCUGCUUCCACAGCCUGAUGGCCAGUGAGAAGAAUCCUCUCAACUACCUCGACAGAGACUGGCUGACUGUGAUUCCCUCAGAGGAGGAAAACUGUCUGUUGCAGUUCCCGUGUAUUAACCCUCUGGUUGGUCAGCUCAUGCUGAGGAGAGCGCCGUCCAUCCAGUGGCUCCUGGGGGCCUCUCUGUCUACGCUGAAGGAGCUGCUCCCUGAGGUGCCACACAAAGUCCUCAAGCUGUUCAGUGACACGACCUCCCUGUACACACCGACCACAGACCAGCCAGCAUCUCAGACCGCCAUCACUGAGACAAACCAACAAACGAGUCCACCAAACGGCCCCUGGACCACCGCCACUCAUCCCAAGCACAUGACCCCACAUCCAGAACUGCUCAUCAGUCCUCAUCCAGAACUAUUCUGUGGUGAUCAAAACACCAGCUUCCUGUUCGGAGCUGACCGCAGCUUCCGUGAACCAGACUCAGACUCGAUGAUGCAGGAGAGCAACACAGAUUUCAGACUCGACCCAAGUUCUUCCUUUGACAGCCCGGAGGUUCUCCUCCAGAGGAGCUGGACCAGCAGUGAUCCGUGGAAAGAGGAGGACAGAGGCACAGAGGAGGUGAUGUUCACUGGGUGGAGAGGCAGAGCUGGAGCAGCGGGGAGAGUUGUUGGAAGAAACGAUGAGUGGAUGCAGAGAGCUCCAACAAACAUCAACGCAGACACUCCUGGAGUCCCGCUCGACAGUCUUUUCAAGCUGGACUCCACAUUCAGCUACAGCCCCGUCCUGCAGCAGCCGGCCAGCAGUCAAACGUCCACGUACUCAACAAUCUACAGCGACCUCCAGCCUCCAGACAGCCACCGUACGUCCUACAGCCUGAGCCCCUCUACAGAGGUCACGCUGUGGGGUCGAGGUCAAAGCUCCAACAACUGCCUCACCAAAAGUGGAGAGACGACGAUUUCAGCCAACUACGGAUCCAAAUGCUGGAUGGGACAAGAGAGCAAGAGGAGGGGCGAGGCUGCAGGUUUGGUGGGAACAGUGUUGACGCCACUGAAGAGGGGGAGGUUAUGCUACGAGAAGGUGCCGGGCAGAAGUGACGGACAGACGAGGCUUAAAUUAUUUUAG